UGCGAGGGGGCCGGGGCAAGCAAGGGGCAAGGAGGGGGCCACGGCGUGCCCCACUCUGUUUUUUACGGCACGGCUUUCUGUGUAACAUUAUUUUAUUUAAUUUUGUGAAAUGUUUCGGUGUUAUUUGUGAAAAUUCGGGAAGUCGGAAACGGUAAUACGAGAUGCAGGGCCUGGUGAGCGACAAGACGUUCCACCUCAAGUGGAACAACCACCUGCAGAACCUGAGCCAGCUGUUCACCACCAUCUACUCGUCGUCGGCGCUGGCCGACGUCACUCUCUCCUGCCGCGACGGGACCCUCAAGGCUCAUAAACUGGUGCUCUCAGCAUGCAGUCCCUACUUCGAACAGAUAUUCAGGGACAACCCAUGCCAGCAUCCUAUAGUGAUUUUAAAAGGGAUCCCAUUCUCUGAGAUAAACCUCCUUGUGGAGUUUAUGUACAAGGGAUCUGUAGACGUUCAGGAGUUGGAUUUACAGUCCCUAAUGCACACGGCCUCUGAACUGGAGAUCCGGGGACUGGCUUAUGAGGCUCGAGAUAAUGCUGCGCAGAUGUUGAAUGUUAACUUGGAGUACCCGGCGGCAUAUUCACAGACACCGGCAGCAACAUCGCAGCAGACAUACCCGCAACAAGCACGGACCGAUGUGGAGAGAUUAAAGCAGAUACACUUGUACCAACAAUCGAUGAUGCGCGCUGAAGAGAUUCGCCGUCGACGUCGCGAUGAAUCUUCGACCACCCACACUGCAGUCAACAACAUUUUGGCUGCUGCAGCGAGGGAGAUGGAAGAGGCCAGGCAUGCUGCCCGGGGUGACAGAGCCGUCGCCAGCAUACAGACGGAGCAUGACCAGGCCGCAGCAGCAUUGGCCGCAGCAGAAGUGAAGAGAGUGGAGCAGGAGGAAGAACGGCCUAAAAAGCGCCCAUCCAUCAUGUCUCCAGAGGAUGACAAACUGAGGGUCAAGAAGAAGAUGACCGUGCGCUUCCAGGAUGAUAGCAAGACUGAUGAUGUGCCAGGGCGCAAGAUGGCCUCGCCGCCUGGUAUUGGUAUAGAGAACAGCCGCGAGGAUCAGAAGCCGGGAGGUAUCAAGGUGGUGCAGCUAGCCGUGUUGCAGAAACAAAACAACGACCACGGCAAUAAUGAAGACUCUGAUGAGAAAGGCGGCAAGCAGGGCCUGAUGGAUGACGACGAGGAGACUGACUCGAGCGGCUCCAUCUCGGACUCGGCCACCAAUGAUCAUGAGGGUCGUCCGCAUGUGUGCGAUGUUUGCGACCUCAGGUUCCAGCGUUCGUCCCACCUCUCCCGCCACAAGCUGACCCACACGGGCGAGCGCCCGUUCACGUGCGGCGGCUGCGGGCGAUCCUUCGCACGCUCCGACAAGCUGCGUGUACAUACUAAGAUCUGCGAGAAGGAGGACCCAACAGUGGACAUGGCCAACGAGGCUCGCGAGACGAAGCGCGAGAGCAACUCGGAGGUGAUGUCCGGCAUGGUGCGCACCACGCACCGCGAGUCCGGGCACCUCGUGUUCACGCCCAGCGGGGACGUCAUGCUGCCGCCAAGAACCAACCCUGUGGUCCUGAAUUCUACGUUGGAGCCGGUCCGCAAUGAGAUCAACCCGGGGGACCUUGUGGACCCGCCGCGUCGGGGCCGCGGGAGGCCCCGCAAGACCCCAUUGCCGCUGACCCCGAAGAUAAAGAAGCGUAGAGGACGCCCGCCUAAGACUUCGCUCGAUAUGGAAGGUUACGUGCUAACGGGCGGAUCACUAGUGGGCGAUAUGGAAGGCUGCGUAUUAACGAGCGGGUCUGUAGUGGGCCCCAGUCCUCAGUCGCUGCACCUCACGCCGUCGGGGCAACAUCUGCUCAUGAAGAGGAAGCGCGGACGCCCACCCAAGAACUACCACGUUCCUCGAACAGAAGGACGACCCAAUGAGAACUACAACGCGACGAACCUGCCCUUCGGAGACUUUGCCUACCUGACCGAGAUGAUGUACAACCCCCUGGCCUUCAACUACGGAGUCACCAGCGUCGACCCUGACCGCAACGUCGACGCGGACCAGACAGUCACCACCGACACCUCCCACGAUAGAACCAUCGACGUCUCAGACUCUUCAUCCGAUGAUGACGACAACUCACGCGUGGAACCAGAGGAGAACGUACCCCCGGUCGCCAUGGAAACGCAAAUCAUGACCGUCGGCGACUGCCAAAUCGUCAAACUGCCCCCCAAUUCCGACGACAAGGAUGACAAAACCGAUCAGAUACAAGACAACAACCAAGUUACGUCUACAGCUUCCAGCUCCGUCACAAUAACGCCGAUAACCACAGUGGGGGACUGUACCAUACGGCCGGUGGAGAAUAACACAUAAAGUGCCCGAUCGUCGUCUACCCCAUGGUAAGUGAAUGUCCAUUAUCUCCCUCUAAAAUAUUAGUGAGAACUCUUUAACUAUGCUCUUGUAUUAUUGGCAUAGUGUACGUUUUUUAAAUGCAUUAUACUUAUCAAAAUAUUGGGAUUUUCCCUCUUUUUCAAUGUAAACUUAGCUACUUGUGUAGCGCGAUGUAGGUCGGGGUAGACAUAUUAUUGUGGUAGCAUUGAUUUGAUUACGACGUGUCUUUACCGUGCUAUAGAUAUAAAUUUGUCUUCCUUGUGUGAGUAAUCUAAGUUGGCUAGUUAGCAGAGAAGUUCCUUUCGGAGGCUGUACCGUUGGAUGGUUACAAUUAUAACCGUCAAACUAAGAAUAGGUCUUAGAAAAAUCUGGCAGCUGCCUUGACGUGAUACGGCCGAAAGACGACGUUCCAGACCGAGAAAAAAACUUAUAUCAUAUUUUACUUAAUACAUUUUUUCUCUCAUGACGUUUCUGGGAACAGUCGGCUUUCAUAACUAGCCAAGUCCCAAGACUAUUCGCCUAAAUAUCUACGAAAUGCUACUACAAUGAUUCGCAUUUUAUCUUUAAACGAUUAUAAAAUCGACUGUCGACAUGCAUUUAAUUGGUGGAUCGGGGAGUGAACACAGCAAGCUUUAGUUUAACCGUGAUACUCAACUCUGUAAUGAACAAAUGAAUCGUCACAAUUACGCAGAACGUUUUGCGGGAAAAUUCAAUGCUUAUACAAGAUUGUAUGUGGAAUUUCGGGGAGAUACCGCUUUAAUAUGGCAACACUUAAUAAAAAUAAAACAAUAAAUAAAAAAUAAAAACGUAGUAGUUUAAGCAGCUCACACAAGUGCCAGUUUCCAUACAUAUUACAAUAGAUAAAACGUUAUUUACACAAAUAUAAUUUAAUUUUCCCGCAAAACAUACGUUCAACCAUAUGAUUAUGUAUAGAUAUGUAAUAUUUUGCGAAUAUCUACAUAGAGGCGUCAUAUUUACUACAUAAAUGUUAUAACGUGAACUAUAUAGGUAUUGUAACAUUAAUUAUGAAAUUUGUGCACUUUGAAGUUGCCUUCAGUGUUUGACAACUUUCUUUUAAGCACUUGUCAAAAGUAUUAAAGAUUUAUACCUAGUUAUUUUUCGUGAGCAUGAAAGGAUACUUAUAUAAACAAAAUACACGCGGAAAUGGUAAGGACUAAUUAAGUAUUUAACCAACCGACGUUGGCCAAGGCCUCGGUGCCAAUUCUGACACAAUCUUAACACGUUGGCAGUCCAGUGAUCCAUAUACGGGUCAUGACGAACUAGCUCCGUACAUUCGUGACCCAUACAUGGGUCACUAAUAAACGAAUUGAAGUAAUAUGCGGGACUUACAAGGAAGUCAAAACAUUUUGUAUGGGGACUGUCAACGUGUUAACCUAAUUUUAGUUGCGACAGCUCUUCGAACUAGUGCCGUCCUUCACUUACAAUAGGUGCAAGAGAGACAGAGCUAGUUUUAGUCCUGUCAAAUUGAUGGUGGCUCGAAUAGGCACCAUUGCAUAGCUGUUAGCAGAAAAGUUUACUACCAGUUUACCACUCUAGAGCGAAUAAAUUUAUUUAAUUUGCUUAUAAAAUGAAGAAUACAUGAACAUAGCGUCGCGUUCUCGCGAAAACCAUGUAAGUGCCUUUUAAAAAAGUACAUUCUGGUGUGAUUUUCUUCGACAAAAGCUCGAUCUCAAUUUCCAUUCAAGUAAGAAUUGAGACUAUACAUUUUUUUACCUCAAUUGGGUAUUUGACUGGGUCAAAGAUAAAUUAUAAAAUUCUAAUCCGGAAAUAGAAGCCAGUCUAAGAUGAUCAAAAAACAUUCUCAUUUUACUUUUCGACUUAUUUUCCAAUUUUAUUUAUGAAUUAAGUAACAAUGAGUACGUUUGACCGCUUUUAUUGAUGACGUCACAGUACAGUAUUUCCGUACAAACUCCAAAGAAAACUUUCGUUUUGAAGUUUCGUAAAAAGUAUAUCGUUUGACUAGGUUGUCAAGUAGCCUAUUAAAACUAGCUCGUCUAUUGCGAGGAUUUGUUAACAAUAACCACAUGCGAAUGUGAUUUUCCAAAAUGGCGCUUAUGGGGUUUUCUAGAAGGUGACGAUAUAUAACAAUACAUACAUGAUACACCAACAUUCAACGAGAAAAAUCAUAUUAAGUCAUCGUCAUGCUCACGAAUUUCAAUUGAUCUGAUUAUGAAAUAAUAGGACUUACUAUCACUCUAUUAAAAUUAGAAUACUCUAAUGCUGGUUCUACUUUAAAGGAAAAAAAAACACUUGGAAGUUUAAAAUGACAACACUAAUGGAAAUUAUCCAAUCACAACCCAUCUGUGUUGCCAAUUUAAGCUAAUUUAACUUGUAGCUUUAAAAAUGGCAAUUAUGCCAAAUUGUUCCCAUGGUAAUGUCGUCAUGAGUAGAAUCGGCAUUAUAUUUUUGAACAAGUGUCUUUAUGUUAAUUAAGAAGUAGAUUGGCUGUCUGAAUAAGUUUACGUUAAAACUUUAGUUAUAUUUAUAGUUAUGUAGUGUAAGCACAUGCUAUACGCCUUUUCCAUGUCUUAUCCGUGUAGUUUAGUGCGGGUUUUCACUCAAUUUCAAUACUUCACAUAUCGGAAGAAACACAAUCGGAAGAUUCAAGCGGGCACAAAAAAUCGUAUUAAAAAGCUUUAACGCCUGCGAAAUUCUCAAUGCAAAUACGUUUCGUGGCUGUAUGGGCUACGUGCCCUUCGCCUAACCAGUACAACCAAAAAAAAAAGAACUGUUUCGACGGAAUAAAGUGAAAACUCGAGCUAGAUCUACAGUAUCAAUCUCUGUGAAUACUAGAUCGUAGAACGUAGUGUCUUAGAUAAAAUUUAAUAUUCUAAAUAUUACUCGGCAACACCACACGAACAAGUGAUACGACGUAAGCAUAUAUUUAACAGAUUAGCCGUAGUGUGGCAGGUGCGACACGACACACGGACCUCGACCAAUACACACAGCGUAUACUACGUUGAUAAACGUGUCGUAUAAGCAGUCGAAGCCCGCGAUGUUUGUCGUGUCGCACCUGCCAUACUACGGCUGCAUAUCUAAUAAUAACGUAUAUUUCUUAUAGUUUUGCCUGUAAAAGCAAUGAAUAAUGUAUCUUAGUGAAUAAAUAUCGUAUGCAAUAAUAGGUGACCUUUCAACUGAAAAAAGUUCAAGACUGUUAUAAAUUAUAGAUCGGACGCUUAAAUAUCAAAAGCGGAAAAAGAAGGAUAACUCGGUCAAUUUUCAAAGAAUAUGACUAAAAUAAGACCUUCGUGGCCUACUUUUUCUUUUUUCAAUUGAAAUGUAAGUCACGGUCAUAUUAUAGUAUGUAUAACCCCAUAAGGACAGCUGUGUAUCUUAAGCCAGGGAGCUGUAAAACAGCAGUGGCACGAAUCAUUAUUUUUUUAUAUACGGAACCCCACAAUUUAGUUCCUUUAUUUUGAAAUACGCUUCAAAUAGUAAUUUUUGCAUAAAUAAUAAAUGUCUAAAGUAUUAUCUACUGCUACUGGCGACUUAAACAGUUAUUUUCAGUGGAUUAUCUGUACAGUAGAAUAGUUCCUAACAUGUAAUCGAAACAAAAUUAUAACCUUUGAAAUACUAGAGUAGCGGAACGUAAUAAUUUCUUUAAUUUAGUUUUUAAGUCGAAAUCAUUACGAUCAAAUUAAUUUACAAUUAAUUUUAUUUUUUCGAAGUUAAGUUAAAUUUAAAUUUUGUCGUGCGAACAUUUUAAUUUACGUAUUUAAAGGAAGACUGCUCGGAUUCGCUUUGCUAUUUAACUUUGACAGUUUUGUUUUUUAAGUAACUUUUUAAAUGUAGCCCAGAAGAGGCAAAGUAAUGAUGAGUCUCAGACGGCAAGCUAAGCUUUUGAGAAUUAUUUAAAUAUAGGAAUCUGUAUUUUUAUAACGAAACUAAGCGUAGGUUUUAUUGAGUACUCGUAUAAUUUUAAUCAUUUAUCCCACAGCGUAAGUUUAGUGUUAUGUUAGUUGAGUUGCGUGCCGUAUUGGCGUUGUGUUGUCGUUAAGUUUAUUAAGUGUUUCUUUUAUAAAGUCCACGAGUAACGGAACACUUUUUUAUUGUAGAUUUGUGUCAGGUAGCACUCGCUUGACCAGACAAAUGGGGAACUCCGUCGGUUCUGGUCAGAGUAACAGUUUGCAAUAAUUCUAUUCUAUAACAAAUCAGUCAUAAAUUCAUAAUAGUUAUUGCAAGACCAUUCCAUCCAUCCAUUAUAGACGGUGACACGCACCUAUCAUGUUGGUCGAACAGAAAGCUCUGAGGCGUGGGUACUUAGUUCAUCCUAUGACGGGUGUACCUUUGACUACCCCAUUGGGAUAUGAUCGGGAGUUUCUAUUUUUAAUGCAAGUCAAAACAGUUUUGAGAUUAGCCCGCAUAUAUAAUGAACAGUCUAUGAUGUAUUUGAUCCUCGCAAGUUGUGCCAAUAUUCCUAAUACGUACUCGUGGACUUAUCCUUUGGCAAUAUGACGAAAGUAAUUUAUGGAAUGUUAGAGGAGUGUUCGGUUGACUGCAUUUAUAUUUAAAGUUUUGUUGUUUCCAACGGUUUUGAAGAAAAUGUUGUAAAUGAACUUGUAUGGUUUGAUCAGGCAUCUAUGUGUUAAGUCAAAAUUGCAGCUGUAGUUGUUUCUAUAAGCAUGUGAAUUCGACAUCUGGGAGCGUUGUGGCGCGGUGAUUUGUAUGAAACCGUUUUCGAAGGUUCAAAUUCUAAAUUUGAUUAAACUAGUGUUUUGUUGAACAAUGUUUUGAUGAGAACUAAAGUCUCGACAUCAUCAAAGAGCCAUUUACCUAUAAAGUUCGAUAUCGUAAGUCUGGAUGGCGGUGUUUAAAUAGUCACAAUUUCAGUUUAAAAUUCUCAAAAGACAUUACACUUAAUGAGAAAUUAACGUAUAUAAGUAAAUAAAUUGAGUGGUGUCAUAUCCACGAUUAGCUCUUUGAUGCUGUUGAAACGUACUAUUCAUCAAAAACCAACACUUCCGGAUUUUUGUUUAACAAAACACGAGUUUUGUUAAGUUUUGAAUUUGGAACAUUAACAAUGAGAAUUAAAAUCUUAUAACACCCACUGUAAAAUGACAUUGGUUUUUUUGUUCCUCGUAUUUAAUAUUUUUCUGACAAUUCUCAUAAAACAUGAACUUUUUAGGUGGUAAGUAUAUAAGUUUCGGGUUCGUCAAAAAGGGUCCAUACAAAUCUAUGAUAUAAUAUUCGCGCGAAAAGCAACCAUUGCAAAAGCAUUUCUUCUUCUUCUUUCUUUCUUUCUUCAUUGCCGCUUGGCUCGCAGGUGUAGAGUUUACGGCAUAGCGUAACUUGAAUAUUUUAAACUUAUUAGUGACAGCUGAAUUAAAUCCAAAUCAGUCUUCUGUUUAGUUUUAGUACAUUUACUCUGUGACAGCGACACAAUCAUACUCGAGGUAGCGCAAGGAUUCGGAGGGUAGUUCUAAACGUAUUUUGUUAGCGAUCAGGAUUCGGCGAGCGUAUAUUUUUUUGUAACGCCGACUUUCCUGUAUUGUGAAAUGAUUAAGUUAUUGUCAUUUUACGUUGUGAUCAUGUGAGUGCAAAAUUUAUAUUAUUAUGUAACCAGUUUCGUUGACAAACGUCAAUUUACGGGCAGCAGAAGUAACAACUAUUAUGUAAUUCUGCGUAGUCCAAAAGCAGUAUUUUUUAGAUUGUAAUCUUUUAUUAUUAUGAACUUUUUAUUAUUUUAACAUUUAUCAGAUACGAUCGUUAGUUUAUUUCUAACAGUGAACUAUUUAAUAAAGAAAUCACAAAAUGAA